AUGCCAGAAACGAAUCAUGCAACAGUAACAGUUGAAAAAACGCCAGGUUAUUUUGUAUGCAAAAGAGCACCAGAACGCAUUUAUAGUUUAAACUCUACAAUUAAACUAAUUGUUGUUGUACGAAAUCCUAUUACUAGAGCCAUAUCAGAUUACACACAAGCAAUUAGCAAAAAAAGACGAAGUUCGUUACUGCCAAGUUUUGAAGAAAUGGUACUUGGAAACAGUGCAAUGAAUUCAACGGGUAUCAAAAAUGGUGUAAAUGCUUCAUGGGGUGCAAUUCGAAUUGGAAUAUAUCACAGACAUAUUCGAAGAUGGCUCAAGUACUUUUCAUUAAAACAAAUUCAUUUUGUUGAUGGUGAACAUUUGAUUGCAAAUCCUGCAGCAGAAAUUCGUGCAGUUGAACGAUUUCUUGCAAUAAAACCAAUUGUUCGACAAUCUGAUUUUGCAACUGAUCCAAUAAAAGGUUUCCCUUGUGUACUUAGGCGUGAUUACACACUACACUGUCUUGGCAAAACGAAAGGUAGAGCACAUCCAAAUGUAAGACCUGAAGUAAUACAGAAAUUACGAGAUUUUUAUGCUCCUCAAAAUGAGCAAUUUUUUAAGCUUAUCAAUAGAAAGUUUUAUUGGUGA